CGUCGUCGUGAAGGCUUUGGCUCACUUUGACGGCGUUUUGAAAUUCCUAAGUCACGCGCUCGCGCGGUCUAGUCUCUAUAUAGUGUGACUUCCCGGCCGGCAAUAGAUGUGUGGGUGUCUGAUGGCCACAUCGAGGAGUCCCGUGCCGAUCCUCGUUCUCCUGGCCAUCGUAGUCGCUGCAACAGCGCCGAGCGAGGGUAGGAUCCUCGGGCAGUGCGAGGCGGCCCAAGCGCUGGCGAUAGCCGGGGUCAGCCGGAGCUUCGUCAGCAACUACGUAUGCAUAAUGAAGAACGAGAGCGGCAUCAACACGAGCAAGAAGACGGGGCCGGGGCACAAGUCCAGCUACGCGUACGGGGUGUUUCAGAUAACGAGCGACGUGUGGUGCAGCGCUUACAGGAAGGGCGGCAAGUGCAACGCCAAGUGCGACGACUUCCUCGACGACGACAUACGGGACGACAUCGAGUGCGCCAAGAAGAUCCAGGCGGCGAGGGGCUUCCAGCACUGGAAGGGCUGGACCAGGGGGUGCAAGCAGAAGCAGCUGCCCAACGUCGCGCCCUGCUUCGGACGCGGCAAAAGGAGCGCCGACGGGGAGCCACUGUUAACGAUCGCUUCGGAGGUCAACUAAGCUUAAUACUUUUCGUACCGUAGUUGCAUGGGGAAUCAACGAUGAGGCUAAUUUUUUUUUUUUUUUUUCAAUUAUGUUUGAAUAAACAUAUCGAGCUGCACGAUGCA